AUGUAUCAUUAUUCGGGUAAUAGUCAUCAAACUUUUAUUAAACCACCUUCACCUUUACUUAUGGAUAAUACAAAUAUUUAUUCUCGUGAAACAGCAUUUGAUCCACUUAAUUAUGCAUUUGAUGCUGAAACAAUGAUCGAACCAUUUACAUAUUUUCAUGAUGGCCCAGCUGAAUCACGUCGUAAAUCAAUCACAUUCUCAUCUAUUUCUCCGUCAUCAUUAUCAUCGAAUUUUCCUUGGUCACCUGCAAGUAGUAUUUCACCAUCGGAUGAAACUCCUCCAGGUUAUUUUCAUCAAUUUAAUAAUGUAUUUCAAUCAAAAUAUCCUCAACAACAACAAUAUCAACAUCCAAAAACAAUCUGUCGUCAUUGUAAAAGUCAUAAUAUGCCCGAAUGUUUAUAUACUUCUCAUUCAAUGUAUGAUGAAAGUGGUGAAAUUUUUUGUCCAGUAUUGAAAAAAUGUCAUUGUGCAACUUGUAUUCGAGUUAUAAAUUCAGCUGGAAGACAUGAUGAUGAUUCUGAUGAUGAUAAUAAUAUACGUUAUCCUUCUAAUGACAAUGAAUUUAGUCAUUUAUAUGGUAUUGAUCCUAGACAAAAUUCUUAUCGUAUGAAUAACAACAACAAUUUUUAA